CUUUGAAAAUGGAUAUGUUACCGAAAGAAAGUGCACAAUUUGUUAUGUCUAUAUCGGAUCAUGUAACAAUCGAUACAAAUUCUGUUAAAGAAUUAGCAACGAGAUUGAAAGAAUCGGUAACGAUCGAUGAAUAUGAUCUAAAAAAAUGGAAAUCGGAUAAUCCAUUACAUCCACAGGAAAUGGUGGAAAAAUCCGUUGAUCAUAUAUUCUUUAUUGAUAGUUUGAAUUUUUCUUUCUGGCCUGAUAAGAAUCAGGAUUUUUCUAUCGAUGGUGAAAUUGGAUAUUGGGCACUUUGUGCUGCCGUCAAACGUGCAUUAGAUGAAAAAAUACCAAUUACUAAUUCUGAAUACUAUAGUCAUAUAGAAUUGGAGAAAAUGCGUUAUUUAUUUCGUACUGACAAUGGAAUCGACAUACCAAUGCUUAAUGAACGAGUAUCUAUAUUGAAUGAAAAUGGAACCAUUCUUAUGAAGCAUUUUUCGGGUACAUUUGUCAAUUGUAUUCGUGCAAGUAAUUAUAGUGCUAUCAAUCUUUUGAAAUUGAUCUACAAUUAUUUUCCUUCGUUCAGAGAUGAAAGUGAAUAUAAAGGAAAAAAGGUUACAUUUUUGAAAAGAGCUCAGAUUUUGAUUGCCGAUAUUUGGGGCUGUUUCGAGGGCAAAGGAUUAGGACGAUUUGAUGAUAUAGAUCAAUUGACAAUGUUUGCCGAUUAUCGUAUACCACAGGUUUUACAUUAUUUUGGUGUUUUAAAAUAUUCAUCUGUUUUGACUGAAAAAUUAAAAGAAAAUAAUCUUAUUGAAAAUGGCCAUCCAUUCGAAGUGGAAAUUCGUUCAGCAUCUAUACAUGCAAUUGAAUUAGUUCGUGAACAGUUGUCUAUGAUGAUGAUGAUUGGUUCGAAAGCACCAAAUUCAAUACAAAUUGAUUUCUAUCUAUGGGGUUAUAGACGAACCAAUAGUAAACAAAUCGAUGAUCAACAUUCACCAUUUCAUCGAGUACGAUGUAUUUAUUAUUAAAUUGAAAUGAAAUUAAUUGAAAAAAAAAGAAUAACAAAAAUUUUAGAUAAAAAUGAAUUUUAUUUUGAAGAGGAAAAAUAUAUGA